GUCCAAGCACUCUUGAGCUAGAUGUCCAGGCCUUCUGCUAUUGCUGCGGUUGAAUGUUUGCAUUCGCUAUCUCUUCCAGAUGCUCUAAUCCCACGACCCGACCUACCUGAUCGACUCGCGACGUCAUAAAGUUGACCGAUAGACUUUUGCACUCGCAGAGAUACCCCUGUCUUUCACAUUUCCCAUUUCGACAACAACAAGACCAUGGCGGGGGUCGCGAGACCAGAGGAGGACGGCCGUUGGGGAGAGAACGCGGCAGGAGAAAUCUCAGUGAACGCUGCGCUGGAGGAGUACCAUGAUCUCGAGAAGGAGUUGAGUACGAUUCAACACCGCCAUUCUACUGCAUAUCAACGAAAGCCUUCAGAAAAUCAUGCGGAGGCCGGAGGGGAGAGCGACUCGACGAUUGCACCUAGUCUAUCAGGCGAGGACACGUUCGACUUGCCCGAAUUUUUGAGAAGGGGCAUCAUGGACAUGCGCACGCCUAGCGGCGGACCAGCAAAGAGGCUGGGUGUUUCCUUCAAGAACCUGACGGUAAAGGGCAUCGAGUCUUCGACAAAGCAGGUCACGACGUUUCCCCGGGAUCUUGUCAACACAUUUGGCCCGGACCUUUACCACUUCGUUACCGGCAUCUUCCCCAAGCUGAAGAUUCACAAAGAGCCAACUGUUGACCUAAUAAGAAAUAUGACGGGAACGGUGCGACAUGGCGAGAUUAUGCUGGUUCUCGGGCGACCAGGUUCCGGGUGUUCGACUUUCCUCAAAGCUAUUGCUAACCAUCGGGAUGAGUACGCCAAGGUCGACGGAGAGGUCUAUUAUGGCGUCAUUCCGGCAGAAGACCAACUGGAGCGGUAUCGAGGCGAAGUCGUGUACUGUGAAGAGGACGAUCGGCAUUUCCCGUCUCUCACUGUCUGGCAGACUCUGUGGUUCGCCUUGAAGACUAAGACGAGGAAAAGAGAACAGUGGACGAUUCCACUGAUUCUAGACUCACUGCUUCAAAUGUUCGGCAUUGAUCAUACUAAGAAUACGCUGGUCGGUGACGAACACAUCCGAGGUGUUUCUGGAGGAGAGCGAAAGCGCGUGAGUCUGGCUGAGACGCUAGCCACACGAGCAUCUGUCGUUUGCUGGGACAACUCAACCCGAGGACUGGAUGCUAGCACAGCUCUGAGUUUCGCCAAGUCACUUCGUGUCUACACCGAUGUUAGUGGGCGGACGACCCUCGUGACACUCUACCAAGCUGGAGAGUCUAUCUAUGAGUUGAUGGACAAGGUUCUGGUAAUAGACGAUGGACGCAUGCUGUUCCAGGGACCAAGCGAUGAGGCCAAAAAGUACUUCGAGGACUUGGGAUACCUCUGCCCUCCUAGACAAACAACUGCCGACUUCCUGACUUCUAUCGCCGACAAGAACGCCCGUCACUUCCAGCCCGCCCGAGAGGAUACAGCCCCAAAAACACCCGAGGAGCUAGAACGGGCUUUUCUGGAGAGUCAGCACUACCAGCGCAUUCUUCAAGACGUCGAAGACUACGAACGAGGCAGCAGAUCCGCAAACAACGACAAGCACCGCAUGUUCGCAGCCACCGUCAAGGAGUCUAAGAGCAAGACCGUCAUCGGAGAUUCCAUCUACACCGUUUCGCUUUUCAAGCAGGUAGCUGCUUGUACCAAGCGCCAGGCAUGGCUUCUGUGGGGUGACAGGAGUUCCUUUUACACCAAGCUCGCCAUCAUCAUCGCCAACAGUCUCAUCGUCUCGUCACUUUUCUACGGCUCCGGACAGGGCACCUCUUCUGUCUUCGCCAGGGGCGGUGUUGCCUUCUUCUCCAUCGCCUUCAUCGGAUGGCUCCAAUUUGCGGAACUCGUUCCUGCAAUUGAUGGUAGAACGACGAUUGAGAGGCAGCGUGUGUUUGCCUUUUACAGGCCGUCUGCCGUGGUGAUCGCGAGGAUGCUCCUAGACAUCCCGCUGAUACUCAUCAUGACGCUCUUGUUUUCCAUACCGGUCUACUUCUUGGCGCAGUUUGACGUGGAUGCCUCCAAGUUCUGGAUCUAUACACUCAUCGUGUACACGGCUACAUUUUGCCUUACGACCAUGUACCGGAUGUUCGCGUCCUUAUCGUCUACCGUCGAUGAUUCUAUCCGAUUUGUUGGCGUUGUCCUCAACAUUAUGUUUAUCAUGACGGGAUAUGUGAUUCCAAAGCCAAAUCUCCUGAGCGACGCCAUCUGGUUCGGCUGGAUCUACUACAUCAACCCCGUUGCUUACGGAUUCGAAGCUAUCCAAGCCAAUGAGUUCUUUGGACGAGAGAUGCAAUGUAGCGAGUCGCAGCUUGUGCCCCGUGGUCCAGGCUCUGACCCUAAUUACCAAGGCUGCAGUCUUCCCGGUUCAAUCAUGGGCAGCACGGUCGUUAGCGGGCCCGACUACUUGCAGGCCUCAUUCCAAUACUCGAGAGCGAACCUGUGGCGCAACUUUGGCAUUAUGAUUGCUUUCACCGUCUUCUUCCUCGCCAUGACUGUCCUGGCCGUUGACACGAUCCGCUUCAAGGGACCUGGAGCGCAAUCUCUGAUUUUCGCGAAACCACGAGACGAGAAGACGGUGGGUCAGGAGAAGAGCGGGCCUAUUAUCGAAGAGACUGGAGAGACGUUCGAGCCCAUCGGCGACGGCCAAAGUGCUUUCACGUUCAAGGACAUCAAAUACACGGUCACCUAUGGUAACGGCGAACGACAACUGCUGAAUGGUGUCUGCGGAUAUGCCAAGCCUGGGAAGAUGAUUGCUCUCAUGGGCAGCUCAGGUGCCGGCAAGACAACUCUUCUGAACACCAUUGCACAGAGACAGAAGACCGGUAUCGUCACGGGCGACAUGUUCGUCAACGGAGCAAGUUUGGGUCCCGAGUUUCAGAGAGGCACUGGGUUCUGCGAACAGAGAGACAUUCAUGAAGGCACUGCCACAAUUCGGGAGGCACUGGAGUUCUCUGCGCUACUUCGACAAGAACGUACAAUCCCCCGCGAGGAGAAGAUUGCGUACGUGGAUCGGAUCAUUCACCUACUCGAGCUGGGUGACUUGCAGCAUGCCAUCAUUUCUUCCUUGACAGUGGAGCAGAGAAAAAGAGUCACAAUUGGAGUUGAAUUGGCUGCCAAGCCCAGUCUCUUGCUUUUCCUUGAUGAGCCCACAAGUGGCCUCGACAGCCAAUCUGCAUUCUCUAUCGUCCGAUUCCUCCGAAAGCUAUGCGACGCAGGCCAAGCCAUCAUUUGCACAAUCCACCAACCCUCAUCUGACCUCAUCGAGCAAUUCGACAUGAUUUUGGCCCUCAACCGGGGCGGAAACACAUUCUACUUUGGCCCCGUCGGCACUAACGGCUCAACUGUUAUCGAUUAUUUCACACAGAGAGGCUUCUCCUGCCCCCCGAGCCGCAACGUCGCUGAGUUCAUCCUUGAGACCGCGUCCCAGCCGUCAGUCAAGGACGGCAAGCGCAUCGACUGGAACGAGGAGUGGCGCAACUCGGAUGAGCACAGAGCCAUUGUUGCUGAAAUCGAUCAGAUCUCUGCUGAGAGACGGGCUCCGCCGGAGAGGUCGACGGCGCAGACGGAGUUUGCGGCCUCGACUUCAUACCAGUGCCUCCUGCUCACGAAGAGAAUGUUUGUCCAGCAUUGGAGAGAGCCGCAGUACAUGUAUAGCAGAGUGUUUGUGCAUACCCUCAUGGGCAUUUUCAACGGAUUUACAUUUUGGAUGCUCGGAAACGACAUCGCAGGCAUGCAGAACCGCAUGUUCAGCGCCAUCAUUCUCAUCUUUUUUGUACCUCCUACCGUCGUCAACAGUGUCGUAAUCAAGUUCUUCCAGAACCGGGAUCUAUGGGAAGACCGCGAACUGCCUAGUCGCACCUAUGGCUGGGUUGCAUUCUGUACAGCCAACGUCGUGUGCGAGAUCCCUAUGGCUAUCGUCUCUGCCACCAUCUACUGGCUGUUGUGGUACUUCCCCGUCGGCUUCCCAGCUGUUUCGUCUGUCUCUGGAUACACCUACCUCAUGGUUCUAGUUUGGUCUCUUUUCCAGUCCAGCUGGGGCCAGUGGAUCUCCGCCUUCGGGCCAUCGUACUCGACGGUGUCAAACAUUCUGCCCUUCUUCUUCGUCAUGAUCGCCAUCUUCAACGGCAUCCUGGUGCCUUACACCUCCAUGCCCUCGUUCUGGAAGUACUGGAUGUACUACAUCAACCCAACGACCUGGUUUAGCCGCGGCGUACUCUCAGCGGUCCUUCCGCCCGCAGUCGUGCAGUGCAGCUCCACGGAAUUCGCCAGGUUCAAUCCGCCUCCGGGCUCAACAUGUGGCCAAUAUGCCGACCGCUUCGUGAACGAGGUUGCCAUGACGGGAUACCUCGAGAACCCUAAUGUGACAUCCAACUGUGGCUACUGCCCGUACAACAACGGCGGUGAGUACAUGCAGACGCUCAACGUCCAUAUCAGCGACAAGUGGCCUGCGUUUGGCAUCUUGGUUGCUUUUUCUGUUGCCAACUGGGCCCUGGUAUACUUCUUUGUCUACACUGUCAGGAUUCGGGGUUGGUCUUUUGGGAUUGCGACGGUUACGGGGCAGUUUUCAAAACUCUUGAACAGGAUCUCUGGGCGCGGCAAGCAGAACACCACCGAGAAUACUGAAGCGUGAUUUUGAUGGGUGGAUACAGAGUAGACUCGAUUGAAAGUCGCAUCGGAAGAUAAAGCUUUUGAACAUGCGUGCAGUCCAACAGCAUACAGCCGACACUUGUUGCCCAAAUCUAUGCCAUGUCCUUCGACUCGCAAUGAUUUGACGUAGAGGCCAGAAGGCAUUGACUGAACGAGGCAAAAUGUCAGGUAACUCGACAUAACUUGCAUGAGGGCCUGAAUAAGCCACUUGUGUAACGGUAAGAUCCAAUUCGCAGCUUGGGUUUUCCAUCUUCAUCGCAAGAUAUGCCCCAAUCGAGAGUCGCUUGGCUGGCAUCCAGCACAUCCGAAACACCACAUAGGCUUACCGC